UACCCGAUUGCCGAUCACUACUUCCUAUUCACUCUGCUUGACACAGCCAUCUGUACGCUUUUUCCCGCAAUACUCAUUAUGUUCGUAAAUUCCUUGUCGAUCUAUCGCUAUCGACAAUGUAUGAGAAUUUACUCAUCGGGUGUACUACGAGUACGAUUUGAUCGUGUUUCUAUAAAUGGAAUUUUAGGAGGAAACAACGGCAAAGAAAUUGUUGCUCAGUCAGACGCAUACAAAUACGCAUAUGUCGACACAGUCGAACCGCUCAGCAUGUGGAAAAUUGCGAUCAUCUGA